ACCACUUCUAAGUCCAUGUAUUCAGCACACACAUCAAAAAUGCAGUACAAUCUUGUGGUACAUUUGGUGUUUUUGUCUGCUUUAUUUGAAACAGCACAGGCACAUUACGGAUAUGUCCAAAUUCGCUGUCAAAUACCUGACUCUCAAAAAAACCUUGAAUAUAUCUUCUCGGUCACCUACAACAUGAUUGAAUAUCUGAGAUACAACAGCACUGAGGAUAAGGCUGUUGGUUACACCGAAUAUGGAAAGAAAUGGGCAGAGGACUAUAAUAAAAACAAGAUUUUAACUUCAGAAUCAGCAUUUGUGCUGAACCAAUGCAAAAGAUUUGGAGAUUUAAUUGAACCUAAUGUAGGGGUGACAGUACCACCAGAAGUCAUUAUCCAGUUGGACAGGGAAGCUAAUGGGAAUCAGAAAGCUGUUCUGGUGUGCAGUGCUUAUGACUUCUACCCCAAACCCAUCAAGCUGACAUGGAUAAGAGAUGAUACAGAGGUGACGGCGGAUGUGACCUCCACUGAGGAGCUGGCUGAUGGAGACUGGUACUACCAGAUUCACUCCUUCCUGGAAUACUUUCCCAAACCUGGAGAGAAGAUCUCCUGUGUGGUGGAGCACGCCAGCUUUCAAAGACCCAUGGUCUAUCACUGGGAUCCUUCUCUAUCCGAGUCUGAAAGGUCUAAGAUAAUUCUUGGGGCUGUGGGGCUGGUGAUGGGGGUCGUGAUGGCAGCCGGAGGACUGAUCUACUAUAAAAGAAAACACACAGGCUUUUACAGACUUCCAGUUUGUUUAUUUCCACUGCAAACAAUGGAUGGCACUGAAUAGCAGUAGGUCAUAACAUCUGGGACUGCGACAUCCAUCCAUACGACUCGAGAGAACCAUCGAUUAAGCAUGAGGACUGUAUGACAACAAUCAGGCAUCAGUCAUCUGUGCCUCAUCUCCUGAUUGUUCAUAUAUUCUAAUUUAAUAAGCAGUCAAUUAAAUAGGCAUUUAACUCUUUAUAGUCACUGUCACCUCUCUUAUGGCUUUUGCAUUUGCACAUGAAAAAAAAAAACUUUGAGACCAUCUUGCCAUUGAGCUAUUAUGUAAAAAUAUGACAGGUAAAAAUAUUCUUUUUAAAUGUUUAUUUUAUGCUUUAAAUGCCAUUCAAAAAGCAUGCAUCUGUAAAACUUCUACAAUAGGCCUACUAUAAUAAAAAUGUAUUUUAAUUGAUUACUUAUAUGACCAGCCAAACUUACUGAUAAA